AGACUGGAAGGCGAUUGAGAGGUUAGUCCGGUUCCUCGUUAUCUUCUACAACUCUACCUUGGUUGUAUCAGCAUCCACUUCUCUGAACUUUUUUAAGUGUUACGGUGAGAUAGUAACAAUAGAGAAGAACCUGAUAGGAUUGACUAAUAGUUUAGACUUAGAGUUGAAGGCUAAGGCUGAGGAGAUGGUUAAGAAAUUCGAUAAGUAUUGGGAUGGUAUGAGGAACAUCAACAAGAUGUUGAUAGUAGCAACAGUGUUUGAUCCUAGAAAGAAGAUGCAGUUUGCUAAGAUGUGUUUUGAGAAACUCUACGGGAAAGAUACCACGGAUGCUAAAGAAAUGUCUCAGUCUGUCAUGAUUGUCCUUUGCGAUCUGUUCAAAGAGUACAGUGCUCGGUUUGGUCCUGGUUUAGGCGUUGAAGCAUCUCAGCCGACACAAGCUGCAUCAUUUGGUAGCCAGGAGCAGACAACAGAUGAAAGGAUCGACUUGAUUGAUGAUUUUGGGUAUGAGAGGAUGGAUUGCAUGUAUGAGGAGUUGGUUGAGCUGAUAGAAGUUCGAGAAGCACAAGAUGAGUUGGAAACUUAUCUGAAAGAGAGUGUUGUCAAUCCGAGAACCAUGCUUGGAGUGGAGUUUGAUGUUCUGUCUUGGUGGAAGGUGCAUUACUCCAAGUUUCCUAUUCUUGCAGAGAUUGCUCGUGAUGUCCUUGCCAUUCAAGUCUCUUCUGUUGCUUCUGAAAGUGCCUUUAGCACUAGUGGCCGAAUCAUUAACCUCAUAGGAGUUGCCUAACUCACUAUAUGAUUGAAGUUCUAAUGUGUUCUGAGCAAUGGAUGAAGGCAGACAUGCGUGGCAGUGAAGGCAGAGUGGUGACAAUGGAACAGAUUCUAAGUGAAUUCGAGUAUGAAGACAAGCUCAAGAGAGAGUUUGAUUCUCAACCAACACAAGAAGAAUGAGUCAAGGAGGAGCUUUGGAGAAGUGGAUGAUGCGCUUUGAGUUGCGGAUGUGCUUGGUUCGUUUCUUUGCAAUAUUUUGAUGUUCUCGGUUUGUUUUUUAGUUUGGUCUCUUGUUGUUGUUUGUUGUUGGUUCUUUGUUGUUUUGAAAACUUGCAUUGCGGUUAAGAAAAGGAUUGGUGUGUGUUUUGUUCCUUUUUCAAAUAUGGAAUGAAAUUUUCAGUUUAAUUAUACCUCUACCUAUGUGUUUCUGCCAUUAUUAUUGUUAUUUCCAAACCCCUUUGACUCCUUCAGUCUCGAUUUAUACAAUUCAAACUGUAAUUUUCAAAGUUUGAAACUGAUGAAGUCUUUAUAUUCCAAACUCUCUGUGGUAAUCUUUCUCUAUUCAUAAGAGUCAAGAGCCAACAAGAGUAGAAGAUGAUGAGUAGAUCAGCUAUUUGGGAGCACUACACAAGAACAGAAGACAACCAAAACAAAUGUAUAUGUCACUAUUGCAACAACACUUUUGCUUGUGUGCCUAAUUUUGGCACAUCUAACCUCCAUAAACAUCUUCAAAGCUGCAAACAGUUCAAAGUAAGUGUUUAUGUGAUGAGUAUGAAAUGGUGACAUGGUUGAUAUUCAUGUUUUCGUUUUUAAGUUACUUGUUUAUAACUUUAUUUCAGAUCAUGAUAUCCAACCAAGACAAGAAAAAUGAACUGAAGUGAUUUAAACUAUGAAAGCAAUGGAGAAAUGAGAUUUUUGUUAAGUAUUAUGGUCAAGUAUUCGUUUUAAGUUUUUUUUUGUUUGGUUAUUUCGGUUACAAUUUGGAACCGAAUGGUUACUUCGGGUAAAUGUAACCACAAUAAUUUCAAGUACAAUGAGUAUUUGGUUACUUUACGGUUCUUCAAUCUCGGAACCGAACCUACCCGAACCCGGUUGGACCCGACUCGAACCCAACCCGUAAUUUAUAUAUACUCGAAUGAGUCUUUGUAUUGGAAACCCGAAAGAACCGAAACCCGAAAUACCCGAUCCGAACCCGAUUGGGUACCCGAACGCCCAGGCCUAAUAGACACUUCAAUUACACUAUUUUAAAAUAUAUCCAAUAAAUUAAUAAAAUCAAGCUGCGAUGAGCCCAUAAAAUGUUUUUAGCCCACACAAAAUAUUUAUACAAAAGGGUCAGUACGGUAAGUGAGCACGGCCUAAUUGUAGCAUACUGAAUAAUAAUUCAAUGCUUUCUUUUUGUCUAUUGGAUUUAUAUACUUAUUAAUCCACUUUAUACUAUCUGUAAUACAAUAAUCACUAUUGCAUACUAUGCAUGAUUUAAUACUUUUAUCAUAUCUUUUUUUUACCAAACUCAUCCUCCACAAAAUGUAUGUCUCAACCUAGUAUUCCAAAUAGGAGCUUCAUUCUCCGUCCAUGUAUAUGAUAUUUGUACUUUGUUUGAAUUUUACGUCCAUGUUUCUAAUAAGUCUAACUAAGUCUACUUCAGAUAUCUCAAUUUUCUCACCAAAAAUUAAAACCUCCUGCAAAAACGAAAAAUAUUUUUUUUUACCAAAAUUGUAAAAUCAGUUUUCCUCAAAACUCGCAAAAUUCUACUAAAGCUGUAAAAUAAAUUUCUAGCAAAAGUCAUAAAAUCAUGUUUUUUUCGCUAAAACCACAAAAUCAAUAUUUUCGUUAGAACCGUCAAAACAUUGUCUUCCACUAGAACCGUCAAAACAUUGUUUUCUGCUAAAACAAAAAAUUAAGUUUUUUCGCCAAAUCAAUUUUUUUCACCGAAACCGCAAAAUCAACGUUCUAUAAAUUCUUUUGUCGAGAUCGUAAAAAAUAAAAAAUUUCCCUUGGUUUUCCGCCAAAACUUCAAAAUGAGUUUUUUCGCAAAAAUCGUAAAAAAUAGGAAUGUUUUGCCAAAAUCACAAAAAAAAGUUUGAUUUGUAUUUUGGACCUACCCAUUGUAGCAAAGAGAAAAAUAUACCUUUAUUAUUCUAUGUUUAAAUCAAAGAGCUUAACUAGGUCUUGGAAAAAAAUCCCAAACCGAAGACAAAAACUAGAACCCAAACAGAAAUACUAAAACCAUAACCAGACAUAAACUCUCAAAUACUCUAAUGGUUCCUAUAUUUUUAUAUCUUAAAUAAUUGAACCUAACCAGAACCAAAUCAAAAAUUAAACGGCCACCUGAAUAUAUUAAAAAAUUAAUUAUAUAUACAUUUAAGAAAUAUAUAUUUUAUAAUUUAAAAAUCUAUUAAAGCAUACAAAAUAUUUGAAGAAAAAAAUUAUUAUAAAGUAUCUAAACUAUCGAAAGUAUCUGAAAGUAUCUGAAAGUAUCUAAAGUAAUAUCCAAGAGUUUUAGUCCGAAUCAUCCUAGUUAAUUAUAUUUACCCAAAUGCCCAAUAUUUAACCCGAAUUAUCUGAAUUGCCCAACAUAACCGAACCAGAAUCAUAACCAAAUGAGAAUUAAAAUUUUCCGGGUAUUUUCCUGUUCUAGUUUUACUAUAUGAACCGAACCCGAAACUGCCCAAACUGAAUCCGACCGAAAAUAAGUCAUGUAUUAACGGGAUCCUCUAAUCCUCUAUUCAAAUUACUCGAUACCCGAAAUACCUAGAACAUCUAACUCGAACCCGAUACCCGAAAUACCAAAAAGAAUAAACAAUGUGGGCUAACCUUUCAUCCUCCACGUUGUUUAAUAUCUAAAUCUGGAUUGUAGGACUUUGUGGACCAUCCACCAAUUAUUUUCAAAGGAGAUUGUUGAAGAGUCAAGCUUUCUAUUUUCUCCCAUAAAUGUAGUAAGAGAUAAUUCAUAAGCAUCACUCUUUCACAGGAGUAGAAAAAAAAACAAAGAGAAAAAAUAUAAUGCAUUCUUGCAUUUGAUACGAAGAUGAUAAUGUGGAGCUUGUGUUUCCUGUUCUCCCUUUCUGAUUUAAUACUUGUUUUCGCUUCUUCUGCUAAGCAUUUGUGUCCUCCAGACCAAAGAGAUGCUCUUUGGGAGUUCAAGAGUGAAUUCUCUGUCCAAGAGUUAGAUUCCUCUUGGUGGGAGUCUGAUUUGAAGACAGAGAGGUGGAGGAGCAACACUGAUUGUUGUGCAUGGGAUGGUAUCUCAUGUGAUUCUAAGACAGGUACGGUGGUGGAGUUGGACCUGUGGGGCAGUUCCCUCAACGGGCCUUUGAGAUCUAAUAGUAGCCUUUUUAGACUACAACACCUUCAGAGUCUUAAUCUUAGCUCCAACAAUCUUCCGGGCAUUCUACCAGAUUCCAUUGGAAACCUCAAAUAUUUAAGGGUUUUGAAGCUUUGCUACUGCAAUUUCUUUGGAAAAAUUCUUUCUUCGCUCGGAAAUCUUUCUUACCUCACUGAUCUUGAUCUUUCUGUUAAUCAAUUCUCUGGAGAGCUACCAGAUUCAAUGGGCAACCUAAACCGACUAUCAGAGUUGCAACUAAGAUAUAACAAUCUUGGUGGGAACUUUCCUGCUGUUCUACUCAAUCUAAGCGAGCUCACUCAGAUAAGCCUAAGUUACAACAAGUUCAAAGGUAUGCUCCCAUCUAACAUGAGUAGCCUCACCAAUCUGGAGUAUUUAGAUAUUAAUGGAAAUUUAUUUUAUGGACCUUUACCGUCACCUCUGUUUAUGAUCCCUUCCUUGAUUCAACUUAAUUUGGAAGGAAACAGCUUCAGUGGUCCUAUUGAGAUUAAGAAUAUUUCUUCACCUUCUAAUCUUGAAGUUUUGUCUCUUGGAGAAAACAAUUUCGAUGCGCCAAUCCAAGGAUCUUUGUCAAAACUUGCCGGGCUCCGAACUCUUGAACUCAACUAUAUGAAUACAAGAAUCAUGGUUGACUUGAGUUAUCUCUCACAUCUUAAGUCGCUUAGCUAUCUAGACCUUUCAGGGAAUGAUUUGAAGUUCAGCUCAACUCUCCGUCUUCCCUAUUUAGGUUUCUUGUUUUUAUCAUCCUGUAAUAUCGUUGAGUUUCCCAAGUUCCUACAAAGCCAAACCAGAUUGCUGUUAUUAGACAUUUCUGUCAAUCAAAUUGAAGGCAAAGUACCAGAGUGGUUUUGGAGAUUGGAAAUACCGCAUGUUAACAUCUCUCAGAACUACGUAAGCGGUUUUGAUGGAUCUGCCGACGUUAUUCAAAGAACCGGGGGAGUAGUUACGCUUGAUAUAAGCUCAAACGCUUUCCGAGAACCGUUUCCUUUGUUACCGAACUCUACAAACUACUUAUUUGGCUCUGACAAUCUAUUUUCGGGAGAGAUUCCAAGGACGAUAUGUGACUUAGUUUAUCUCGAAAGACUUGUUUUAUCCAACAACAACUUUAGUGGCUCCAUCCCUCUUUGUUUGAGUACUUAUCUUUCGGUCUUGCAUCUUCGGAAUAACAGCAUCUCUAGUGUUUUUCCUGAAGAUUUUAUCAGUAAUAUGCUGAUAUCACUUGAUCUUGGUUACAACAGGUUAUCAGGAGGACUGCCCAAGUCUCUGAUUAACUGCACUCGUCUCCAGUUUCUGAACGUGGAAGAGAACAGAAUCAGCGACACCUUUCCAUUCUGGUUGAGAGUGUUGCCUAAUCUAGAGAUUCUUGUCCUUCGUUCUAACGAAUUCCACGGACCAAUAAGUUCUUUCAGUCUCCCCAAGCUGCGAAUCUUUGACAUUUCGAGAAAUAGGUUCACUGGGGUCUUGCAAUCAGAUUUCUUUGCUGGUUGGGGCGCAAUGUCAUUACCGGUUGUAUACUUCGAAGGUGAUUCGCAGUAUAGGUUUUCAGGAGUUGGCAAGCCGUACUAUCAGGCGUCCGUUGCUCUGACAAACAAGGGAUCGAAUAUGAAGCUGGUUGGGAGUGGUUUCACAAUCUACAAAACCAUCGAUAUCUCUGGAAACAGAUUCGAAGGAGGCAUUCCCGAAUCCAUCGGUUUACUGAAGGAACUGAUUGUGCUCAACAUGUCAAACAACGCUUUCACAGGCCGUAUUCCACCCUCUUUGUCAAAUAUAACAAGUCUUCAGUCAUUGGAUCUAUCUCAAAACCAAUUAUCAGGUAAAAUCCCACCGGAGAUCGCGAAACUCACUUUUCUGGCGUGGAUGAAUUUCUCAUACAACAGGCUUGAAGGUCCAAUACCACAAGGCACUCAAAUUCAAAGCCAGAAUAUUUCUUCAUUCGCUGAGAAUCCUGAGCUGUGCGGUGUUCCUCUCCAAAAAACUUGCGGUGGAGGAGAAGGAGCAAUAAAUCAAGAGCAAGAAGAUGAAGAUGAAGAUGAAGAAAAAGAUCAAGUGUUGAGCUGGACUGCUGCUGCAAUAGCCUAUCUACCUGGUGUAUUCUGUGGAUUCACCCUCGGCCAUAUUCUUACUUCAUAUAGACAUGGCUGGUUCAUGAUGAUAUCUACUAUGUUAUAAUCGUCUUCAUGCGUUUUAAAAUUAAUAUGGUAACUCUUUUGUUGUAUUGUUUUGCCACUAUUAUUGUGAGAAUCUGUGUGCUUUGGUGGGCUUAGUUUUCUAUUUCCCUUUAUGUGUUUGUGUCUCUGAAGUCUUGUCGCAGGGACACCUGGCCUGCAGUAAUGCAAGUCAUGUUUUAAGUCGGUAUAAAUCAAUUGUUUCUUCAUUUUCA